AUGACUCAUAUGAUUUGGCUGUUCUGUUUGGUGUUUCUUUUGCCUACAGAGUCCUGCAGAACAUUAUGCCAGGCUGCCAGUAAAAUCAAAGAGAGUGUUUCUGACAGACCACAAGGUAUAUGUCAUGGCGUCUGCAAAAAGAAAAAUUCCCAGUGCAGACAACCCUGCCCUCCAGACACUCAGGGAAAUAUGGGGUUUUUAUGUAUGGAAAAUAAAUGGCACAAGGUCACUGAUACCUGUCGAACUCUUAGUGUCUUCAACAUCUUUGAGGAUAAUUUUAAUCCAAUUCAAACGCUUGGAGAAAAUAUAAAAAUAAACACCUAUGCUGAAAGAUCUGAGACCAUUACAGAGAAACUAAUGCAAACAUGUCCAAAGGAUUUGUCUUGUGUAAUUAAAGGCAUUCAACAGUCUCCCCGCAUACCAGGAAACAUUGCUAUGAUUGUACAACUCUUACACAAUAUAUCAACAGAGCUAAAGUCAGAUGUUGAUGAGGUAAAGAUGCAGAGUUACAGCACCAUUGCCAACCACAUUCUUAACAGCAAAAGCAUCUCAAACUGGACCUUCAUCCCUGAAAAAAACAGCAGCUGUGUCCUGCUACACUCAGUCAACUCCUUUGCAAGAAAGCUCUCUAUAAAUAAGCAUCCCAUUGACAUAUCAGAUGCUUUCAUUCACAUCAAAGGUACCACAACGUCCCAAGACAACACUGAAAAGAAUUUUACCUUUUCAAUGAGAGUUAAUGACACUGGCAAGAAAGUCUCUGGGAAAGUGCUCAUAGCUAGAGAUGAACUUCAGAAUGUGCCUUCCUCUUCUCCAGUUGUCAGCAUUGCAUUUCCAACCCUCGGGGCCAUCUUGGAAGCCAGCCUUUUAGAAAAUAUCAUUGUAAAUGGGCUUGUUCUGUCUGUAAUUUUGCCCAAGGAGCUUACAAACAUCUCCCUGACUUUUGAAAAGAUCAGCAAGUCAGAGGAAAAGAGGACACAGUGUGUUGGCUGGCACUCCUUGGAGAGCCGAUGGGACCAGAAGAUCUGUCAAAUGAUUCAAGAAAACUCUGAGCAAGUUGUGUGCAAAUGUGAGCCAAACAGGUUUUUUACCUCUUUCUCAAUUCUUAUGUCACCCAACACUGUGGAGAGCCCAGUCCUGACUUACAUCACGUACACAGGCCUGGGCAUUUCAAUUUGCAGCUUGGUCCUUUGCUUGUGCAUUGAGGUCUUAGUCUGGAGCCAAGUGACGAAGACAGAGAUCUCGUAUUUGCGCCACCUGUGCAUCGUAAAUGUUGCAGCCACCCUGCUGAUGGCUGAUGUGUGGUUCAUCGUGGGUUCCUUUCUCAGUGGCCAAAUGGCACGUCAUAAUGGAUGUGUAGCGGCAACAUUUUUUGUUCAUUUCUUUUACCUUUCUGUGUUUUUCUGGAUGCUUGCCAAGGCACUCCUUAUUCUCUAUGGAAUCCUGAUUGUUUUCCACACAAUACCUAAGUCACUCCUGGUGACAUGUCUCUUUUUAGUGGGCUAUGGGGGCCCUUUGGUCAUUGCUAUCAUCACAGUUGCUGUCACGGAGCCUGGCCAAGGCUACUUGCGUCCAGAGGUGUGCUGGCUCAACUGGGACAAGACCAAGGCUCUCCUGGCCUUUGUGGUCCCAGCACUGACCAUCGUGGUGGUAAACCUGAUCACAGUCACACUGGUAAUUGUUAAGACCCAGCGAGCCACCACUGCAAGUUCUAUGUUCCAGGAAGUGAGAGCCAUUGUGAGGAUCUGUAAGAAUAUUGCCAUCCUCACACCACUGCUGGGACUGACCUGGGGUUUUGGAAUUGCCAUAGUCAUCUAUGAUAGCUCUCUGGUCUUCCACAUUAUCUUCUCCUUGCUCAACGCUUUCCAGGGCUUCUUCAUCUUGGUGUUUGGAACAAUCCUAGACCCGAAGAUAAGAGAAGCCUUAAAGUGCCGAGUAACCUCUACGAAAUGGAUUUCCAGAUUGUCAGAGUCCUUUUCAGAAGGUGAUAGUAGGCAUGUCACCUGUCCGCUCCUCUCCUUGCUUUGUGGGCCUUUGAUCAUCAGAACCCUUCUUCUGAAUUCACUUGUCACCCCACCAAAGGGCCAAGCUAACAAACCAGACUACAACCCUAACUUGGGAGGUCGGACAUUCCACGAGUGGCGUAGCCCCAAGGAGAAUGCUCAGAGUCCUGUCUUCUUGCCUUUGGAAAGUAUGAAGGAAGCCUCACACAUGGUGGUGGUGCUGAUGGAGGAGCGUGUGGAGUGUGGAACAAUGGAAGGACACUCUCUCUAA